CUAAGUAUACCGCAAUGGCCGUUAAACCAAUAAAAUAAAUAAUCUAAAAUGUAAUUCUUAACCAUCUCCCACGAACCGUAUAACUCUCUGAGUAGCUAGCACGAUGGGUAAGCCAAAGUACGAUCCUCCGACGAACACAUUCCCAUUCAAGAUAUCGAAGAGGCUUAAUAUUCUUAGCGUUCCUAGGAAAUAUAUCAUAGAUACAGGUGAAGGUAUGCCAGCAUUGACUCCCAGAGGAAUAAGGAAAUCUGCAAUUAACAGUCACAUAUCUGACAGAGUGAAUGACGCCGCUUGGCCUUAUUUACGUCGCUUCCUUAUAAUAAAACGAAUGUACAAGAAUCGAUUCAGUGCAGAACGUAUAGAGCGUAUUGAUCGUAUGAUUGAAGCCGCCAACGCGACAUGUUAUUCUAAGCUAGCAAAUUGUGUACUGGACCUUAAGAAACAAGAUACGAAAGAAGUCAAGAAAAAACGAGGAUGGACGGAGAGUGAAUGGAAAAAACACAUGGACUAUAUUAGUCAAAUUGCUGGACCGAAAAAAGACUUUAGAAAAACUCCAGUUAGAAGAGGCCAAGGUAAGCCUUUGGAAAUUUUACUGCCAAGAAUCAAUCAAAUUUGUCACUUGCCUGAAUUCAAAGUCUACAGAAGAUUAUCAAAAGAGGCUUGGUACAGAGAUCCUGAGAAGGUGCCGCCGAAUGCGCUCAAGUAUGUGAUAUCGGAUAGAAUAAAGAAGCUAGCUGCUCAUAGAGUUAUACCACAGACUGAUUAACAAAGUUUUGACUGAACAACCAAAUUUUUUUUUUACAUAAAUGUUUGUUUUUAUUAAACCUAGAUUUUGUUUUUCAUCCCAAAACAUACAAAAACACUUUGAAAGCAGCUCCAGAUAAUC